AUGUGGAACUCCAGUGACCAACUAGAACAUGCUCCCUCUAAGAAGACUGGAGUGGAAUCUGCAUUGAAACAUCACUCCGAUAUCAAGAAAUCAGAAUCCGAGUUCCAAGAUCAGGAUUCAACUUCUACUCUGUCAACUGGUCAAUCUAAUCAUGUGGAGGCCGCAAUGGGAAAAAGCAAGACCGUUCUGCAAAAUUUGACAGCUCAUCCAGGUUGGGGUGGAAUUUUAGAUGUGCAAGCAGAGAGUGGAACAAAGGCAUCCCUAUCAGGCGAAAGUGCCACCAACACUCUUCCUCAGCCGCAAGUGCAUCAUGAUCAUCCAACGGCUUGCCUAUCCUACCCUUGGGCUGACACUUACUUUGGAAGGCUCGUAGCUACUUAUGGAUCAAAUGCCAUCAUUUAUCCUCAAAUGGUGGGUGUCACCUCCACAAGAGUUGCACUUCCUCUUGAAUGCACAGAGAGCUUGCCCAUUUAUGUGAAUGCGAAACAAUACAGUGCUAUCCUCAAAAGGCGACAGGUCCGUGCCAAGCGUCAGGCUCAAAAUAAGCUUGUCAAAAACAGAAAGCCAUAUCUUCACGAGUCUCGACAUCGUCACGCAAUGAAGAGAGCCAGGGGUUCUGGAGGGCGCUUUUUGAACACAAAGAAUAUGCAGCAAUCCAAGCCUUCAUCUCCAAAGCACGAUAGAAAUAUCUUUAAUCGUCAGGCAGGUGGCAACAUAUCUAGUUACAUGGUUCAGCACUCAGAGAGUGGUAGUUGGGGGACUUCCACCCAAUCUGGUUCUGAUGUGACAAGCAUCUUCAAUGGCGAUGACAUGUUCCAGCAGCCAGAGUUCAGAGUCUCUGGCUUCCCUUUUCACAUGGGUGCUACCAUGCAGGAAGCUGAAGACUUCAUGCAUGUUGGAACCUGA